AUUUUACACGCGUUAUUGAGAAAUUAAAGAUAGCACACUUUCCCUAUCCUUUUGGCAAGGAGUGUCGCAAGUAAAAUGAUAGCGAUAUUUUACAUCAAUGAUGUGUCCUGUAUCGAACACGCAUUAUAAUGCUUCAAUUUCAUCGGAAACCGUUGAGUCUCUCGAGCUCCAUUCGCCAUUUGAAACCCGUUCGACGCAGUCGUAUUUUCGAACAUAGUACCGACGUAGUACAUUAUCGCGAACAAGAGAACAAAAUACAUUCGCGUGGCUGCCGAUAUUCCUCUAUAAUCAAUUCUAAUAACCAAGUGUAAAUCUCAUUUCAAAGUAUGAAGUGCGGAAGAAUUUCGUGGACAUGUUUAUCCUUUUUAUCUUUAACAAACUUUUACGUGUUAAUACAAGCGACCGAACUAGACCCGAUGACCUCAAGGAAGAUACUACCAGUGUACGCGGUUUUGGAAAAUGCUGGUCUUCUAAAUUCCAGCAGGUGUCGGACCCAGAUAGAUAUAUUUCGAAAUGCGGUGAAUAACCAGAUACUUUGGGCUCUAAGAGCGUUGGAUAUCAGUGGAGUGCCAUCCAGAGGAUUUGUCAUCGGGAACAAUCAUUGGUUAGGAGACCCACAAGAUUGCAAGCAUUUCUCUGAAAAUCGCACGCUAUUACUAUCAGAGAAAGUACGAAAGAACAAUUCCAUAUACCGGAACCCGAAUGAAGAGUAUUCACCUUUUGAGUUUCGUUUUUUUAUUGCACGUGCGCGGCACAAUAGCACUGUGCAAUAUCAUAUAGAAGCAGAAGACGAAGUAAGCAAAUGGAUAUUCUAGAAUUAGUAUCUCGAUUGUAUAUCUCUAACGAUUCAAGUUGCAAUGCGAAUUACAAUCAGUAUGUAGCCAGUUUGUGCGGUCAAUUAAGAAUUUAUAGCAUUAAAAUAAUAUUGAUAGAUGAUAUCAUUAAUAUUAAAAUAUUUCGUGAAAUUUACGUGCGAAUUUUUACGGUCACG